AUGACCACGGCCUGUGCAGCAAUUACACAGGGAUGGCAGCAAUCUACUAUCAACAGCAGUUCUCUUCUGAAAUGGGAAGAGGACCUUGGUCUCAAUCACGACGAGCACCGGUUGUUGAUUGGACUAAUCAACGCAGCUCCCUGGCUUUCGGGAAGUCUCAUAGGUACUUGGUUAAGCGAUCCGCUCCAAGACCACUUUGGAAGACGACCCGCCCUGUUCGUAGCCGCUAUAUUUUGCGUCGUUCUUGUGAUAGGUAUUUGUAUCCCAUCUAACGUGUGUCUGGUGGCUGAUCCAAGCUUUGAUCCAGGAACUGCUCAUUGCGAAUCCUGGAAUACACUGCUCGUGAGUCGCAUACUGCUAGGCGUUGGGAUUGGAUCAAAAGCUUCUAUUGCGCCCAUAUUUGCCGCCGAGGCAGCCCCUGAUCAGCAUCGUGGCCAAGUUUUGAUGUUGUGGCAACUAUUCGAUGCAUUGGGGAUAUUUCUGGGCUUUGUCUCGGUGCUGAUUGUGAUGGACAGCUGGAGGGUUCUUCUCGCGACCGCCACAAUCCCGGCCAUUGUGCUUCUGUUUCUGGUAUUUAUAUGUCCCGAGUCGCCUCGGUAUCUGAUCCAGAAAAACAAGUAUGCAGCUGCAUAUCAAAGCCUCCUCGAACUCCGCGGAACACCUGUUCAAGCUGCAAGAGAUCUGUACUAUAUUCAUUCUCAGCUGCAGACGGAGGCCAUCACCAAAUGGGAUCCUCCGCAGACUUCCGAGGAAUCAUUCUCGUGGCAACGAGGGGAUGGAUAUGCCUACCAACAAUGGAUAAAGAAAGGCAAUUUCUUCAAGAGAAUGAGGUAUCUUGCCACUGAUGAUCGAACUCGAAGAGCAUGUAUAGUGGCUUUGAUUGUGAUGGCGUCUCAACAACUAUGUGGCAUCAAUGUCUUAACAUUCUACUCAUCCUCGCUUUUUAACAAGAGCGCAUUCCUCAAUUCGAGCACGGUCAUUAAGUGGUACAAUUUCAGCUUUGGACUCGCAAACUUUCUCUUUACACUGCCUGUCUUGGGAUUUAUAGACUCGCGAGGACGUCGACCUUUACUCCUUGUAUCUUUCACAGGGAUGCUUCUCAGUCUUCUUGCCAUCAGUGGCUUCUUCAAGAUUGCAAACGAGAGCACAAAAGGUAUUCUGAUAGGAGUGUUCAGCAUUGUGUUCUUUCUAUUCUUCUACUCAAUUGGUGCCGGACCGAUCCCUUUUACCUUGAGUGCAGAAGUUUUUCCUCUGUGUGUGCGCGGUAAGUUGAUGAAUCCCUCUAUCUGCCAUCAGCUUGGACUAAUAUGUACCAGAGGUUGGAAUGAGUUUCAGCGUUAUGAUCAACUUCCUUGGCCUUGGGAUCUUGGUUCUUUUUGUUCCUCAGUUAACGUCGGCAUUCAAAGGCGAGGCAAACCUUUUGUUUUUCUUCUCGUGAGAUUUCUUUCCUGUCCAUAUCCACGUUUGCUGCAAUACUGA